UGGAGAAGGAUUAUAACUACGUGGACGGGUCAAACUCAAACUCUACCUGACGUUUUAAAUGCAUUUGAUUGAAAAAAAAAAGUUUUAUGUGGUUAAUUCGGUUUGGAAGUUAGUCCCGCGCAUAGGUUACGCGUCAGGGAAACAGCUGUUAUAUCCAAAAUGUUAAGCUGCAUUUCGUAGCUGCUGGCCUCUGUCUGCUUUAAUCUAAAUUGGCACUUUUCGAUGAUUGAUUGACGCUCACCUGUAGUGACGUAUGGAGCACGGCUUAAUGGGCGCCUGCAAACAGAGGAGGAAGUGAGUGAGUAACAAUAAAUAUGUGACAGAGUGGAGCGGAGGACUACAGCUGCUGAAGCUGCACUUCUAAACGCACCGGACAGCACCUCUACGAGAACCGCCGGACUGACCUGUGAUACUAUUUAUUAAGAAGGCUGGUGUUUGUAAGGUCACCUCUCACAGACUCCUCCAAUGUUGUAGGUGCUGAAGAGUUAGUAGACCGGGUGAGGUGAAGGCAGGAGGACACCAUGUCCCACAGCCAGUCAGACAGCUGCAUGGGCGACCAGGCCCCUCUUAUUCUGGAGAGCUACUUAUCCACAGAACUACAUAUAUCUGAGCCAGGGGAUGAUUGCUGCCAGUCACAAUCUGAACCAUCCACACGCCAAGAAGAUGAAGUACACAGGAUGCCUAGGCAGGUGGUUUUGAGCACCCAGAGUCCUGCAGCGCUGAAGGUUGGCACCCACCAGCUCAUCCCCAAGAAUUUAGCUGUAGCCAGCCGGCCUAAAAACCGCCACCACACUACUGUGGUGACGUUCCCAGUGGGACUGGAGAUCUCCAGUAGUGGGACACGGAGCCGUCACUCAACCCAGGGGCAAGAUGUGUCCUGGGAGGAUUAUGACAGUGAUGGAGACGGCUUUUCUUUGAGAAGGAACCGCAACAAAUCAUACAGAGCGGCUGUGACCAGCCUGGACUUUGAAAGCAUUGCGACAGAACAAGUGGCUGCAGCAACACUGAAACCUGUCAAAGAGGAUAGAACCCCCAGCCGUGGUCCAGCUCGCAACCCUGGGCGCAAGCGAACCCUGGGGAGAAAGAGGAACCAGAACCACCGUGGGUCCUUCAAAGAUGCUACACCGCGCCUCUACCAGGAGAUCCGUGAGCGAGGGCUGCACUCCACCAACCAGGAUGAGCUGCUCGAUGACUUUGUGGUGGUGGAGGCUCCCCUGGAGGACCAGGGCAUCGUGGUGAAGAGCUACCGGCCUGCACAGCUCACCUGGAGCCAGCUGCCACAGGUGAGGGACACAGAUAUCCUGACCAGAAUCUCACCUCAAGAGAGAAAGAGACAAGAGGCCAUUUUUGAGAUCAUCACAUCAGAGCAUUCUUACCUGCACAGCCUGGGCAUCCUGGUGCGUCACUUCAAGAAUAAUGAAGCUCUGAGGAAAACGAUGACGGCCACAGAGCACCAUCACCUCUUCUCCAACAUCUCUGUCAUCCACCAAGUCAGCCAACGUUUUUUUGAGGACCUUGAACGGCGUCACUGUGACAACCCAGUGAUCCAGGACAUUAGCGAUAUUGUUCAGAACCACGCCGCCCACCACUUUGAGCCCUACAUCGUCUACUGCUCCAACGAGACCUUCCAGCAGAGGACGCUGCAGAACCUGCUGAACAAUAACACUGCGUUCAAAGAGACCUUGAAGCAAAUUGACGGGAGCGGUGAAUGCGGAGGCCUGCCCAUGAUCUCUUUCCUCAUCCUUCCCAUGCAGAGAGUAACCCGACUGCCACUGCUGCUGGAUACAAUCUGCCAGAAAACUCCAGACAAGACAGCGGAGUACUUUGCGGCUGUUUGGGCGCUGCACGCCAUCAGCAAGUUGGUCACUAGUUGCAAUGAUGGAGCUAGGCGGAUGGAGAGGACAGAGCAGAUGUACACCAUCCAGAAACAGAUGGAUUUUGGGAAAAUCAAGCCAUUUCCUCUGGUGUCAUCGUCCCGGUGGCUGAAGAAGCGUGGUGAGCUGGCAGUCUGCACUGAAGAGCUCAGCAUCUGGAGGGCUUUCAGCAACAGGAGCUACUACCUGUUUCUCUUCAAUGACGUACUAAUCGUCACCAAGAAGAAGAGUGAGGAGAGCUUUGUCGUGAUGGACUACGCCACUUUGGAGAAUGUGGAGGUGGAGUUUGGGGAGGAUGCAGAAGGACAGACGUCUCCGCCUUCCAAGAACAGCUCCAGCCACUAUCUUUCCUUCAAACUGCUGAUGAGCAGGAACAGUGACGGGAGAGCGGAGCAGAUGUCCCUGGUGGCAGAGUCCAGGGUGGACCGGGCACGUUGGAUAGUUGCUCUUAAAGAACACAAGCAGGCAGGUGUCUCCACUCCCACAGCUGGUCUGCCACAGUAUGAGGCCACCAAAGCCUACAUGCCAAAGCAGCCAGAUGAGUUGGGAUUGCAACAGGCUGAGGUUGUCAUCGUCCUGCAGAAAGAGGAAGCCUGGUGCUAUGGAGAGAGGAUGCGAGAUGGAGAGAAGGGCUGGUUUCCUGCGAGCUGUGCCACAGAGAUCACCAACCCCACUGCCAUGGAGAACAACGUGCAACGUAUGAAGCGCCUGCGCAAAGAGACAAAUGUUUGAGUGUCUCAGUGGCUUUACUCUCCUGAUGUGCAGAAUAACAAACACAUUCCAGUAGACUGGUGACUCUCUCAUGUGCAGUCUUCACUGAGACUGCAUUUUUUGUGAAUCACACUAAACACAGGAAAACAAUCAAUUACUGUAAUUACUGACCCAGAAGUCCAUUACCAACGGACUGGAAGGCAUUUCCCAAGAUAUGAAAAGCCUCACAAAGGGCCAUUAAUGCCGUCCUGGAGCCUGAGUGGUCUAAGAUGGAUACAGUGUAACCAUGAGGUUCCUGGUGUGAAUCCAGCCAGUGUCCAUCUUUCACGUUGCUCUCAACUGUACAAACCAAUUGUUUUAAAAUGUGGCCAUAAGGUGAAAGCUCAACAAUACAUUGUUGCAGAGCUGCUGUAUUUUAGGUGUUUUUAGCCCACCUUAUAUAUCUGCAGCCAAUAAUGGAUAUUUGAAAUAGGAUUUAAUGGCCAACAGACAUUUUACGCAAACUGUACAGCACUACCCGAUUUCCUUGUUGGUGUGAAUGUUUAGAUCAGAUGACUUGCGGAGCAAAAAUAUAACCUCAGAUGCAGCCUAGGAUUUAAUAUAGGAACUGCAAAAUAUAACUUGUUUAUCUACAUACACUUUAGUAUGAAGAUGUAUGCAAAAACUAGUAAUGUGCGGAUCAAUAUUAAAGUACCAACCUUUCCUGCUCCAGGAUCGAUAUCUAAACACAGUAAUUUGGAGUGUGUGUGUUUUAUCAUAAGAAUCUUACCAGGAUGGUCUAAUUCUACUCGGUUGAUAGGAACUACUUCUCCUUCAGCCUGUCAAAGUCAUUCUUGCGAUAUGGCUGUGACGGAGCUUCUUUGAAGUGAGCCUCUGCAGCCCUUUACAUUUUCUGCGAUUGAAUAUCGAUUCUGGCUGACUGUAAAAGCAGUCACUUCUGGCUGUAUUUUUGCUGUGAAGGUAAUGACGCUGUGAUGUGUGUGCAAAGACAGUGAAAUACUUUGGCAACACCGCAAACUUCACUUAACAUCUGAGAUUAAAUAAUGACGUUAUGAAGCGGCAGUUCUGAGCAGGAUAUUUUUGUUAUUGAAGAAUAACGGUAGUUUGAUGUCUUGUGAUUAUGCAGCUAUUAUUUGGAAUAGGUAAGCUGACAGCCUGCUCUUAAUUUCCCUCAAACACAGUAACAGGAGGGGGCGGGUCACAUUAAACUACAAAUCAAACAUGUAAAAAGUAUUGGUAUCAGCAAUACCAGCCUGGGUAUGACUUGGCAUUGGAUCAUACUGGAAUUAAGUGGUAUCAAACGUCACUGGCAAAAACAAAUAUUUAACAAUUUGCUUUCAUGAGGCAUGGCACUAACCUCCAGUUAGGAAACUUGAUAUACUGUUAAAUAUUGUGUUAAUGUCACUUAAAGAUGUUGUAUGGUGUCCUUAUAUUGGUGUAAAGAAAAUGUGACCAAUUAUCAAAGUUUUUCCACUUACUACAUCAGGCAUGGUUAUUUGUCUAGAUAUUAAUGUGAAAUGAAUAGCCACUCCAUCUUAACUAUAUACUAUGUAACAAAGAAAUUCCAUGGCUUGUGUCAUUGUUUAGAGCCUGCAUGAUUGAAAAAUAAAAAUAAGCCAACACUUGA